AUGCGUGCUGUCACUGAGGAAGAAAAGUGUGCAGCCGGUGUCGGUGCGGUGGAAAUUCCCGUGCACAACAAGGAGAACAUUCCGCAUGAACGGAUAUUCCCCGACAGUGCUGCCCACACCGAAGACAAUUUCGUGGAGGAGACCAUUACGCGGCCAGCUUUGCCUGUUGUGUCUACCUUGCCAAACCCCCCUUCCUAUUCGGACAAAAAUGCUCUGGUCUUCGAACCCUCCGUUUCCACUGAAGCUACCAUGCGACCCAUGUAA